AUGGGCAAAUGUGCCCUCAGAUCCGGGCGGUUGCUGCGGAGACGCCAGAGGGGAUGGGAAAGCAGGCCUUGGCAUGUGCGGGUCAGUUUGCCGAGGCCGAGCCGUCUCUGGCUGGCCGCCCUCCGUGCCUCCGGAGACCCCCGUCCUCCCAAGAUGUCCGCGAUCGGCUCCCAGCCCUCGCCCUUCGGACACCUGACCCGUGAGAGACCCAUCGGACCCAUCCCCAGGCCACCGAGGACGAAGCCGAACUUCUCCGAGGCGGAGGAAAGUUCUCAGGGGGGACCGGCUGGGGCUGCAGCCUGGGAUUCAACAGGCGUCCCAAGAAACCUGCCGGCAAGGGCCACAUAUGGUCGAUUUGCUAGGGCAUGUGGUUCCUGGGGGUACGGCUGCCGUGUGGACACAUGGACGUGCUCCGAAGGGGCGCCCCUUGGAAGCAGGCGCCAGGGAACCCUGGCUUUGCCUCCUGCGGGGUCAAGCUGCCAAGGAGGACGGAGACCCCCAGAGCGGCAGGGCGUUGAGGAGGAGGAGGGCAGCUCCCAUCCUGGGCUGCAGGUGUUGGCCGGGGUCGGCCAGUUGUGCAUCACCUCCAAGGCUGAGCUACACGGAGUGUCCAGCCACUUGGCAAGAAGAGGCUACGUUGUCAGCACUGCAGCUAAGGAAAGAGGCCCGCUGGUGGUGACCGAAGAGUACAACCAGUGCUGCUUUCACCUGUGCGGCCCCGCCCGCUCCUGCCACCUGUACCUCCAGGACUGGGAAGGCCGGGUUGCCCUGUGGUUCUGCAGACCUUUCCGGAUGGGCCUUGGCUGCCUCUGCUGCUGCUGCCGCCCAAUGGAGUUGAGGACUUUCACCAGCGACAACCAGCUUGUCGGCAUCGUGCGGCAGAGGUGCAGUAUCUUCUCCCAUCACCUGGAAAUUUGCAAUGCGCAUGGGUCAGCUGUCAUGAAGAUACGUGGCUCUGGAGCUGCCUGCCGUUGCUCCACCAAACAGGAGUUCCAGGUUCUCUCCUCCUUGGGUGACGUGGUGGCUAUCAUCUGGAAGAAGUGGCUGGGCUUCCGAGAGGAGCGCAACAUGGACCAUGACUUCUUUGGGGUGGAUAUGGCCGCAGCCGACCUGAGCAACGAGGAACGAGCUCUCCUACUGGCUGCCGCGUUCCUGCUGAACUUCAUGUUCUUCGAAGUGAGCUGA